UUAGGGCCCAGGAGGUGGAGGCACACAGACUCAGCAACAGAUGAACCAGCUGAAAAAUGCCAACACAAUUAACAAUGGCACCCAACAGCAAGCACAGAGCAUGACCACCACUAUUAAACCUGGCAAUGACUGGAAGAAGACUUUAAAACUCCCUCCAAAGGAUUUGAGAAUCAAAACUUCUGACGUGACCUCCACAAAAGGAAAUGAGUUUGAAGAUUACUGUUUGAAACGGGAGUUGCUGAUGGGAAUUUUUGAAAUGGGCUGGGAAAAGCCAUCUCCUAUUCAGGAGGAGAGCAUCCCCAUUGCUUUGUCUGGUAGGGAUAUCUUGGCUAGAGCGAAAAAUGGAACAGGCAAGAGUGGAGCCUACCUCAUUCCCUUACUUGAACGGCUAGACUUAAAGAAGGACAACAUACAAGCAAUGGUGAUCGUUCCCACCCGUGAACUAGCCCUGCAGGUCAGUCAAAUCUGUAUCCAAGUCAGCAAACACAUGGGAGGUGCCAAAGUGAUGGCAACAACAGGAGGAACCAAUUUACGAGAUGACAUAAUGAGGCUUGAUGAUACAGUGCAUGUGGUGAUAACUACCCCUGGAAGAAUUCUCGAUCUCAUCAAGAAGGGAGUAGCAAAAGUUGAGCAUGUCCAGAUGAUAGUAUUGGAUGAGGCAGAUAAGUUGCUGUCUCAAGAUUUUGUUCAAAUAAUGGAAGACAUUAUUCUCACGCUACCUAAAAACAGACAGAUUUUGCUCUACUCAGCCACUUUCCCUCUGAGUGUACAGAAGUUCAUGAAUUCCCAUUUGCAGAAACCCUAUGAGAUUAAUCUGAUGGAGGAGCUGACCUUGAAGGGAGUUACCCAGGAACUCGUGAAGGCCUUGCAAAACCAAAUUGGAAAUCUAGAAGUACAAUUGGAAAGAGAGAGACAUAAUUCGGCCUUGUUACAAAUGGCUUUUAAGGAAAUUUUAACAUAUAAAGAUGCGGGUGACACUGAUAUUCAUGGUGCACCACAAGAAAUACUGUAUCCUCAGGAAGAACUGAAAGAAUAUUCAUUCGUCCCCGAGAGGUAUACACGUAAGAAAGAAAGUUUCAGAAUGUGGAGCGGUCUUCCUGGAGAGGUGCACACGUCAAAUUAAGUUAUCAAAACAAUCGCUCCUUGCAACUCCAGGAGAAACAGACAGAAACGUUUUAGAGAAA